CUCCAAGCAGUGACUUGGGACGUGUCCGGAGUGGAGAAAACAUGCUAAUUGCUUGCAGGGGAACCUGAACUUAAAAAUGAAGCAAGAACAAGAAAUCCACAGAACAGGCAUCAGCGCCUCGACCCUUCUUCUCAUUGUGUGUCUCCUGACUGCCCGGACAGGUUUGCUUGAUGCUGUGAACAUUUCCAGCCACAUUCAAUAUAUUCACGGAACGUACGGAAAGUCAGCUCUGCUGUCCAUUCAGUAUUUCAGUGUGAGCAGUGAUAAACCGGUGAUAAAAUGGCACGUGAAGAGGGAAAAGCCGGUUACUGUGGUACAAUCCAUUGGGACAGAAAUUAUUGGAAAUCUCCGACCAGACUACAAGGACCGGAUAAAAAUCUGUGAAAAUGGCUCCCUGCUGAUUAGUAGCCUGAUGCUGUCAGACGAGGGGACGUACGAGGUGGAGAUCUCGAUCACUGACGACACAUUUACCGGCGACCACUCCAUUAAUCUCACCGUGGAUGUUCCAAUCUCCAAACCUCACAUCACUGCUGUCUCAUCUACUGUCCUGGAGCUGUCUGAGAAUUUCACUCUGACUUGCGACCAUGAGAAUGGCACCAAACCCUCCUAUACCUGGGUAAAAGGAAACAAACCUCUAAACAACGAGUCCCGCAUCCUCCUGUCUCCAGGCCAUAAGAUGCUCAUGAUCCGUAAAAUCCUCAUGGCAGACGAUGAUAUCUACAGCUGCCUGGUGGAGAAUCCCAUCAGCAACGGCCGCAGCUCACCCAUUAAACUUACCGUCUACCGUAGAAGCACUCUCUAUAUAAUCCUUACCACGGGGGGAAUAUUCCUUCUGGUGACGCUAGUGACGGUGUGUGCCUGCUGGAAGCCAUCCAGGAAAGAGAAAUUGAAGGUGGAAAAACAAGAUUCCUCGGAAUAUGUGGAAAGGUCGGAAGAUCCUCUAAAGCAGGAAGUUGAAAUAAUCCCCAGGUCGACUGAGCAUGAAUGUAAGAAUCCUGUCGCUUUAUAUAUCCUAAAAGAUAAGGAAUCCCCUGAGGAUGAGACAAACUCCCCGACAGAAUACAGAAGUGUAUCUGAGCUCAGUUCACCCAGUUUUCCUAACCCGGGUCCACUAAACAGAUCUCCUAGAUCAUCCAGCCAUUCGUCGCACAGAUCUCAGCAUUCAGCAGGAAGAGAACACGUGUCUCCGCCCAGACAUUCUGGGAUGAGCUCUGGAUCGAAAGGCACCACUAGAUCCGUUCGGACCAGCGGCAUACACAUAAUCAGGGAGCAUGAGGAAGAGUGCAGUGCUGGCGCUAACACUUAAAGACUGGCAAGACACUUUGCCAUGAAUGGGCUAUCACCGGCAACUGCACACCAAUAGCGCCGUUAGGGCCAAUUAUCCUUAAUGAGGCCUAGCUAUCACGUGCACAGCUUAUUGCUAGAGUAGGAAUUUUAUGUCAUUUAUAACAAAGUAUGUGAAAGCAAUAUCACACAGUUCUAGUGAUAAAUAUAGCGAUAAAUAUAAUGGCAUGGUAGGUAAUAAAAAGACUGGGUUUUCACAGUCCUUCCCUUUAUAAAACAAUAACUGCAUCACUCCUGUCCUGGGGAUUCCCGUCCUGGAGAAAGAACUCCAUCUAAGAACCCAAUCUGUUCAUUACCACUUGGGGGUUAGGUGACCCCAGGGGCGUGUCAGCUGUUCUGCUGUCAUUGGUGCCACCAGUUCUCAACUCUCAAGAUUGAGAGCCACGUCAGGAUUCUUUGUGCCUUCACCACAGGAAAUACCCCUCAAGCAGACAUAAUAAAAUGCUAUAUUUACUUUUGAUAUGCUGUGAAAAAUAACUUUUAGCACAAUAUAAACGUUCCCAUAUCAUUGUACUCUCUUGGCAUUGCAUUCUCUGCUGAUUGCUUGUAUCUGAACUUCAUUACGUUAAAUCUCCUAAAACUGUGUUUACAUUUGUUAAAACAUCUAUUUAGGGACCUGACAGCAUUGAUCCCGGGAUUUCCUCAAUUAAAGGGAAACUGUCAAUUCACAUGAUUUUUAUUCUUAAGUUUGCUGAUCCCUAGAUAUGACAAAUAUGUAGUUGUGAGGUGUAAAAAAAAUAAAAUUUAAUGAGAAAUGCACAUCUAUAUUCACUGCAACUGGGCGCCUCCCUCUUAGCAACCUCUCAGUCAUUGUUAUAAACUCCGCCCAUUACACCUGCCAGUCAGCAACAGAGAGGAGGAGAAAUGAAACAAUGUUACUAUUUCUCUUCCUUUGCAUUGUGUGCCCUGGCUGUGCCUUGUCUGAACUGGAUUGUGGGAUCAUUGCUAAAUUUCUUCUAAUUGUAAAAAGAAAGGCAUCAUUUAAUGAAAAAAGGAAAACACAAUUUCUAGGCGAUUUUCAAUGUUUUAUUAAAUGCUAUAAAUUCCAGAGUAGUGACAGUUCCUUUUAAUGUCUGAACAUACACAAAACUUUCCCCAUAGAACUCUCGCUCUCUAUAAAGUGAUUUACUAAGCUGGGA